GCCGCGGGGGCGGGGCUACGCUCCGGGGCUCCGGCCAUGGCCACAGUGGAUGCCGAGGUGAGUGAGAGCGGCGGCGUCCAUCUACCCGGGCGGGGGGACGGAAGAUGGGGGAGCGCGCAGUGGUAUCGCCCAGGGCCAGGCGGCUUCUGUCGGGGGCCGGGAGAGGGCCGUGCCCCCGCCGCCCCGUGGUUCAGUCCAACUCCUCUGAGGGGAAGAAUGUGGGAGCCGCUGCCAUUGUGUGUAGGGGGGCCCGGGACUCUGUAUAAGUAACACCCCUCCGCGGCCGGGCGGUGGUAUGGGCCAUACAGGUUCCGGGGUUCCCCCCAAUGGGAGCGGGUGCGCGCGGCGGGGGCGGGGGAGCGGCGCCGGCGCCAUCCACGUUCCGGGGCUCCUCGCGCGGCGGGGCGGCGUGCGGCGCCAUGCAGGGUCCCGGGCCGGGCGGGCCGCCGCCGGCGGUUGGGCCGCCGCUAUGCGCCAUGCAGGGUCCGGGGCGGCGGGCAGGCGCCGGCUCCAGGCAUGCAGGGUCCCGGGCCGCGCGGCGGAGGCUGCGGGGCGGCCCCGGCCCGCCCCCGAUGCCGGGAGGAGCCCGCGGGCCGCCGCCGGGCCCUGAGGCCGCGUAGGCCGCGCGUCCGCUUUGUGAGCGCCGGGCGGCCGUUCGCUCCGUUCUCCGCGGGGCGCUCUGCCCGACGCCGCCUUCCGCCACCGCGCGGCUCGCAGUCCGCUGCUGCGCUUUGUGCCCGGCGGGGCCGUGCGGUGCCGUGCGGUGCCGGGGCGCUCCGUGGCCCCGCGCCUGGUUCUGCCUCCGGUUCUGCCUCCGGUUCUGCCUCCGGCCCGCAGUGCGGCGCUCACACCGCGGCCGCCCCGGCCGGGCUCUGGGCUCAGCGCUCAGCCCGCGCUCACGUCGGUUUCCCGCCGCGGGUGGCACAGCGGAGCGCCCCGCGGUGCCUUCGGCGCGUCCCGAGGAGGGCGGCUGCGCCCGGGGCGGCCCGGCCGGUGCUCCCUCACCGCGCCGAAGCUUCUCCUGUGUCUGUAUGGCGCUCCUUCUGUCCGCGCCGCACGGGUGGCUGUACGGCCGGGUGUGCCCUUCGGUUGGGAAGCAGCCCCUGUGGCCGGGCUCUGCUCUCAGAAGCAGGCCCAGCACCUGCGGGUGUCCCCGCGGCUGAUGAGCGGCGAUGGGGACUCGCCGAGGGUCUCCUUCCUCCCUUCCCCUUCUAUCUGGGGUCGUUUUUGCCCCUCUGAGGGGACGGCUGUGGAAAUGCAGCCGGGAUGCUCAGCCUGCAGUGAGUGCUGUGUGUGGGAUGGGCUGACCCCGCACUGCCUGGGCGCUGUUCCACGUGUGAGGAGCAGCUGGGGCUGCACACGGGCAGGAGCCGUGCCCACAGGAAAAGCUGCUGGCAAUUAGUUGGCUACAGGUAAAAACACGGGGCACAGACACGGUCAUGCCAGGCCUCAGGGUCAGCGGGUGAAGGAGAACCCCCCCCAGCACUGCGGGCUCUCAGGUGAGCUCCGGUGGGGUUCUGCCCCGCUCAAGCUGCCCAAGGCCAAACUGCAGGCACUGACCGCUGCUUCAGCUCCCUUACACCCAGCCUGGUUUGAUGCUUUUACACAUCUCAGACCUCCCAUGGCUGCAGGACUAGCAUUGCAGUUGAAGGGGUUCGGCUUGCCUUGCUCAGUCUGAUGCGACUGUGGGUUCCUUGAAUUCGAUGCUGCUAACCCAGUUUGCAUCAGUUUCAGUGUCUCCGUGUGUUUCACUCAGUGUGAGCUGGAAACAGCUUUGAAGCCGCGCCGUUUUUCCUCCGCCUCGUGCCAACCUCGGGACGCUGGCAGGGAAUGAAGCGCUCCUCCUCAGAACUUACACUGCGUUUCUCAUCAUUUUGUCCUCCUCCUGUCUGUCCUCAUCUGUAACACCAUUUGUUUUUUUUUGUUUUUUUUUGUUUUUUUUUCCUGGAGAUGCGGCUCUGAUCUUUAAAGCCAGCAGACACAACCCACGCUGCAGACGGGUUUCCCCGCUGCUCAGCACCCUCCAGGAGCAGCCCUGCAGUGCCUGCAGUGCCUCCCAGCUUUGGGGCUGAGCAGUGCUGCAGAUCAGCUGGUGAGAGGGCUGCGCCCCGGCUUUGAUCCGUGCUCUCAUCCCCGCAGCCAGCUGGUGCUGGGAGCGCUGCAGGCAGUCCUCCGCCCGUGCAAUGAACUCCCUACUGGAUUAAGGGGCAGCGUUUGCUCUUGUCAAAGAGCUUCCUAUUCACGGGUCCCUGGCUGGAAGGAGGUUGCUGUAAUAGGCCACCGAGUGCAGGAGGGAUAAUGGGAAAAGCCAGGACCUAAUGAGCAGUGCCUUUGAGCAGGGAACACGCAGAUGAUUUCUUCAGUUUCCCACUUUCUGUUUCACAGGGCCAUUGCUUUUAAUGCACGGUCAUCUUUUCUCCUUUGUGAGCUGUCUGGGAGGCUGCGUGUUUGGUGGCUGCAGGACAGACGUCCUCUCCGGUCCCGUAGCGCAGUGAGUUGCAGCUGCCCCUUCCUCGACAAACAGACCUUCAGUAGUGCUGACCUCUCUUUCCCUAAAGCCAGUUCUACCUGCAGUGCUUUGACCCUGCUGAGCUAAUGGUGAGCUGAUGCCGUUUGGAAGCUCACCUUCUGUGAAGACAGGCUGUAAAUAACAGCAGAACGUUUAGGCUGGAUGGGGCUCUGAGCGCUGAUGGAGCUGUGGGUGUCUCUGUUCAUUGCGGGGGAGGUGGAAUAGAUGACCUUUAAGGGUCUCUUCCAACUCAAACGCUUCGAUACGACUUCCAAAGCUGUAAGAAAGCCUCAGAAGUGCCCUUCAGUUGUGAAGCUGAUGUAGCUGAGCCAACGUGACUGAAGGAAGCGUCUGAAGAACAGUUUGUCAAGCCGAGGCAGAAUCAAAGGCCUGGUUUAUACUUGGAAAGAGCUCUUGCAGUUUAAUUAUGCUGUCUGGAGAGAAUGAUGUUUCUUUUUCUUUGCUGAAGUGGUAAUGCAAUAAAAGUCCUUGCUGUGGAUGUAGCUCUAUUAGUUUGGAGAUGAUUUUAGACCAGGGAAGCUUGUUUGUUUGCUUGCUUUCCAAAGCAGAGGCUUGGUGUGCCACUGAGAAGUUUUGCCAUCUUAGUUAUCCGUCUUCAGAUGCAACUCCAUUGCUCUCCCCUCUGCUGCGGCUGUGUCAGCAGGAGGCCCCUGGUAGAGGAAAUGACCAGCAAAAACUGUAACAACGAGGAGCAAAACAAACAGCUCUUCCAUGGGGGGGCUGACUGGAGCUGUGUGGGUGUGUGGUUGGUGGGCACACAGCUGGCAGCUGUGCCAGCUGCAGCCCUUGGCAUCCCUCAGCAGCUCCGGGCUGCUGGCAGCAAAUGAGGCACCAGCACACAGGGCUGUCACAUCUCCAGAUGUGCACGAGAGCAGCUGAUAGCAAAACCAUUAGGGACCAGUGCUGCUGCAGGGCUGCUGGUCUGAAAUGCUCAUCUGGGGCCUUGCUCUGUGUCACCUGUUGUGGUGGUUUUUGAUUUCCUGGAGCUGGGGCGAUGCCACCUGGGUGUCCUCUCUGCUCCAGAAUGGGGCUGCAGAGGGGAUGGAAGCAGCCUGUGUUCCUCAUGCCUUUUCUCUAGCGAAGUGCUGAAGCACAGCAUGGCAUCUACAUUUUUGGGCCCUGGUGCCCAAAAAUGAUGUGAGGAGGAGGCAGAAAGAAGGGAUCAGUCCUGCAAAGUCAGGGGUUUUACAGGAGAGUGGAGCAAGAGGCACUGCCACCUCCUGCUCAGUGCCCUGCGCUGUGAGGUCUUUGCAGGGGCAUCUCCUGCUCCUUUCUGUGCCAUCAGACCCCCAGGGAGGGGCUGUCAGGUUUCCCCAAGCUCUGACUGCCUGUCUUGGGGCAUUUAGUGCAGGACCGAGGGGUUCAAGGAGCCCCCUUUGCGUGCUUUGAGACGUGCUUUGCUGGAGAUUGCCCGCUCUGUGACUGCUGUGGAAGCCAAAGGUGUGCAGUGCGUGACUCGUGGAGCUGCCCGUGUUGGGGGUCAGGGAGAGGCUGUGCCCCACUGCCCAACCCGGGGCUGGCACAUCCCGCAGUGCUGCAUAGGUAAACCUGACUGGGAUGGGAGAGUUUGCUGCAGCUCUGCCGGCUUGGCCAGUGCUGUGAAAUGAGCGUAAACCCAGAAUAAACUCUGCUUAGAAAAGCUCUUGGUGCUGAUAUCACCGAGGUGUCUAAAAUAGAAAGGCUUUCCUGCUUUGAAUUAAAAGUGUCUAGCAUAGGCAAAGCAGCAAGGAUGUACAACAUAUCCUCCUUUGGAGCCGGAAACGUUCUUCUGAGGGGAUUCCUGUCUCCCACCUGACCCCCACUGCUCUCUGCCUCCAUACGAGGCUCUGUGCCCUGAGUUGAUGUUUCAGAUAGUUUGGCCAUGGGGCAGCGGCUGUGCUGGGAGCUGAGCAGGGUGAGCCGGUGUGUACACACAACCCAAUGGUGCAGGGCUGGGCUGCUUGUGUGUAUGCAGGAUGGCAUGGGGGCAAAAGGGAGCUAUUAAACAUUACAUUCAACCCUUUUGGUGCCGUGUUUCCUUCUGAAGGGAGAGCUCGGUGGCAGUGGUGAGUAGUGUCAGCUUAGAACAGGGAGACAGUGAGUGAGCAGUGAGAGGAUGGAAAAUCCAGGUCCACUUCUGUGUGCACAUGGUGACUCGUCCUGCAGAGCCAGCGCUGGGAGCAGGAGGAAAUCUGCAGGUGUCACAGCUGGGGAGGAAGUAAAUAGAGAGCAAGAUAGCUGGGCUGGCACAGCCAAGCUCAGAAUAAAGCCAGGUAAAUGACUUAUCCCAUUUGUUACAGGGAAAGGCAAAAUUAUGCAAACAGGGAUGAAAAUAUCCAAAGCGAUUAUGGCUUCCUGGGGCAGGCAGUGUGAGCCAGCAGAUGGCUACGAGCUGCUAAAGCAUUCAAAACCAGCAGCAAAGAAGUGGGGAGCUGAGCAAAUUGGGGUGAGUGGAAUGACAGUGAAGCCCCGAGACUGCAACAGUGCAUGUGAUCUGGGCCGAAGUGGGGGAGCCAAGUCCAGCAGGCUCGUGGCCGUGUAUCUCCCUGGGACUGUUGGCCAGGAUCUGCUGCUGCAUUUGAACACAGCUCUGGGAGCUGUGAAAUACCACGCUCUGGUUUUGCUUUUUAUUCCUUCUUCAUUCUCUUCCUUUUCCAGCAUGAGCUCCGGGGUCCUUGAGAAGCUCUGCUGCCCUCCUCCUCUCCAGUUACGUUUUCAGUCCUUGCAGUUUCAGAGGAGAUUUCAAUAGGUAGUUUCUCCAGGGGCUCAAAGCCAGAAGGCAAAUGACUCAGAUGUUUUAUCCAAUUUCAGCAGUAAUUGGGGGUGUUUCUCAGCAGCUGUAGGCAGGUCCUCUCCAAAGUCCUAAUAUUGUUUCCAGAAAUGGGAAAUCAAACGUGCACGCGGUCAGAGACUCAGAAAGGGUGGUUAUGUUUACAAAUCACAUACUUCAUCCAGCUGUUGAGUUGGGAAUGGAAAGUACAUCUGUUGCAAUAUGGGGAGGUGGCUGCAUUUUAGGGAUCUGAGAAGUCAACUGAGCUUUUGGAUGAAUUUCUUGUGUCCAAAGGGGUAGGAAGGAAACGUGCCCACACCAAGUAGGGUUUUGUCCACAUGAGGAGGAGGGUGUUCAGCAGAGCACGACAUUCCCAGCCAGGCUGCUGGGUUCUUUGCGGGUCCAUCUGGUGUCCUGUUGGCCUGCAAGCUUGAACAUACGACUGCAGGUACGAGCACUUAAGGCAUGAGUCUAAAUACUUCAUUCAUUGUAGAGCAUUAUUGAUAUUUGAUAGAUUAAAUCAACAGAAUCAACCAGAAGGCACUGCAGAAAGCACUGGGGAGGUGCUGAAGCAGGACAUUAGGUGGUUCUCACUGCAGACUUGUAGGCAAUAGCUUCUGUCAGCUCAGCUGUGUUUUACAUGGGAAGAACCAUGCAUUCCAUGUGUUUGAUCACAGAAUCGUUUGAGUUGGAAGGGGCCUUUAAAGGGCAUCUGAUCCAAUGCCCUGCAAUGAGAAGGGACAUCUGCAGCUCCAUUGGGUGCUCAGAGACCGCUCCUUGGAUGUCACCAUGGGCACCACCACAUCUCUGGGCAACCUUUGCCAGCGCUUCACCACCCCUCUCAUAAAAAAAAAAAACCCUGUUUCUAUUCUACCCAGUCUUUUCUUAUAUCCAGCUGAUUCCUGUACUCUUUGAUUUGGGAUGUGUAUUUCUCAGUAGCAUUAGGAUGCGUUGUUUGCAGUAGGAGCUUUAAUGCAUCUUUAAUAUGCAAAGAUGGUUGCUCAUGGCAGACGUCCUGUAGGACCUGCAGGCACCAUCUCCUCUCGCAGUCACCCCUGCUUUGUAGGAUUUGGACUGCCUGCUGCACACGGUGCUCUCUGUACCAAACUGCCACUCUUCUGGGGUUGCUUUGUGAGCUUUAUGGCCUUCAUUCCCACUGAAGCCCCCCUUGUGCUGACGAUGCAGUUCUGCUGUCAGGUUUCUGGCACUUGAGCACCUGCUCUCAUGAAACUGCACGUUGACAGCACAUCGGUUUUAAUUAUUACAGCUUUUCUUCGGAGCUGAUUGGUUUGCUAUCAUCUCAGACCCACACUGCAGAUUCCCCUCAGAGGCGCCGUUAUCUCCUUCUGCUCCUGGGUGCCAGCAGAAGAAAAUCUGACCUGCUGGUGAGGAUGCCUGCGUUCCCAGCCACGCUGCUGCUGCUGCAAGGCACGAGCAGGCCAAAGGAAACCACCCCGUGCACACUGGUGCCAGCAGCACGCAGCCACACGUGGCCAAAGAGCCCACUGCAGGAGGCCCCCCUCGCCUACGUGUGUUUACACGUCGGGUGCCCGGGGAUACUCCACAUUCUUUUUUAACUGACAGAAACUCCACGAGUGGAAGUUCGUGGGGUUGCCAAGAGGUGCUCCUGACGCAACAGCGUCUGCCUUUAAAAAGCAAUGUGAAUGGUGAUGGCUGAGUCAGAUGUCUGCCUGCCCUGGGACUGCAGCUGAUGCAGCUGCUGACUGCUGCCCGAGCAUGGAGUCUGCACAGGGAGAUGAGACAACAGUCCUUUCCUUGCUUGGGUGCUCAUUGAUGUUUUCUUGCUGAUGUAUUAUUAAUUAAGAUAUUUUUUAUUGCCUUGUAAAUAUAGGUGAUGCUUUGCAAGCACAGGAUGUAACCUGCUCGUUUCCCAGUGUUUCUGAAGCGUGCAAUGUGCACACUGGGAGCAGUGCACAAACUCACUGUGCUGUUGAAUCCCAAGCAAACAGUGCUGAGUAAGGGAGAGACAAGGAAAGACGCCUGCAUGAAGACUGAACUGCUGAAAGAUAUCACCAACAACAAGGAGGAAGGGUUCAAUGCCAUGGCUGCGGAUGAAAGUGCUACAGAAAAGCAAGUGGGGGAACCAAAAAUGGCUGUAGACGGUGAAACCAACGGUUCCUGUGAGCACGGCGAGGCUGGGAGCCACCCAAACCCAGCAAAAAACACUCAGGACAAUACGAAAGUGAGCCAGCAGGACUCUAGUACUAAAUUAAAUAGGAUAGCAGAAAAUGGCAUUUCUGAACGAGAUGGUGAGACUGGGAAGCAAAACCAUAUGAAAGCUAAUGACUUCACACAGACUUCUCUAACAGGGAGCAAUGGAUAUAUUCUAACCAAGCAGAUGGCGCAGGAGCAACCUCUAAGGACUACCAGCACCUUUGCUUCUCUCACUGGCCAUGCUGCAAAAACCCUUCCAGGAGGAGCAAGCAAAGGGAGAACUGUGGGCACCUUUUCUCAGAUGCAAGCCACGAUGCCAACCAAGCUCGGGGAGGGCAGUAAGGACAUGGAUGCUAAAAAAGCCACUGCUGCUAACGCUGAAGUCAAGGUCCACAGAGCACGGAAGACAAUGCCUAAACCCACCCCUAGCCUGGAAUUGCUUCCUGAAUUGGGAUCGAAGCUGAAUCUGAAACAGCAUGCAAGUAAAGACCCCAAAGAUGGGAGAGACAGCAGAGAUCAAAAAGAAUCUAAAGAGGAAGGCAACAAAAACAUCCUGGAGUUUGGGAAGCCGUUGCCAUUGCCCUCUCUCCCGGGCCUUCACCAGUCACUACCUCAGAACCAGAGCUAUGUGGCCACCUCGAAGUCGCAGACGGCUGCUGCAGUAUCUCGAAAGAAAAAACGGAGAAUGGGAACCUAUAGCCUGGUUCCCAAGAAAAAGACCAAAGUGUUAAAACAGAGAACAAUGAUUGAGAUGUUUAAGAGCAUAACUCAUUCCUCUGCGGGUGCCAAGAGUGAAAAGGAGCUAGGUGAUGUCAGCCCUCACGUGAAUGGGGAGAGCAUAGAUGUAGACUCUGAAGAGGAAGACUCUGAUGAGUUGGAAGAUGAGGACGAUCACGGAGCAGAACAGGCAGCUGCAUUUCCUGCAGACGAUAACAGGACCUCUAAAGACAGCGCGUCUGACGCAGACAAUGUCAGAAAGAUUGAUGAUGGCGACUCUGAGGAGGAACAAGAGUCUGCAGAAUCUGGAGAGGAUGAGGAGGAUGGAGAUGAAUCUGACUUGAGCUCGGAGUCCAGCAUCAAGAAGAAGCUGUUGAAGAGGAAAGGAAAGACGGACAGCCCAUGGCUGAAACCCACCCGCAAGAGGAGACGGAGGAAUAAAAAGAAACAAGCCAAUGUGCUAGGUGCUGAAGCCUAUAAAUCAUCGUUGGGAGGCAGAGAGGGCUCUGCCCAGGAUAACAGCAUGGAGUACAUGGAGGUGUCUCUGGAUUCCUUGGAUCUGCGGGUGAAGGGAAUCCUCUCCUCGCAGGCGGAAGGUCUUUCCAAUGGCCCUGAAGCAAUGGAAGUAGAUGGUCUCCAGGAGGUUCCCCUCUGUAGCUGUCGAAUGGAAACCCCCAAAAGCAGAGAGAUCACCACGCUAGCCAACAACCAGUGCAUGGCCACCGAGAGUGUGGAUAAUGAGCUGGGCCGAUGCACAAACAGUGUGGUUAAGUAUGAACUGAUGCGCCCGUCUAACAAAGUCCAGCUUUUGGUGCUGUGUGAGGACCAUAGAGGGAGGAUGGUGAAACACCAGUGUUGCCCUGGCUGUGGAUACUUUUGCACUGCAGGCACUUUCAUGGAGUGUCAGCCUGAGAGCAGCAUCUCCCACCGUUUCCACAAGAGCUGUGCCUCCCAGGUCAACGACACGAGCUACUGCCCACACUGCGGGGAAGACGCCUCCAAGGCAAAGGAGGUGACAAUAGCAAAAGCAGACACGACUUCGACAGUGUCGCUGACCUACGAGCAGCAGAAACCAGCAGCAGUGGAGGGAAGGGCUGACACCACGACAGGGAGUGUCACUGGAACGCGGUUGUCUGAAGAAGACAAGCCAGAGAGUUCAGCUGCAGAGGGAUUUGACUUAGCUGGAUCUUCAGUUUUUCCAAAGCCUACUACUAGCCUGACCCAGGGACCAGUUAAAGAAACUCUGGAAAGUGCCCUGAUUGCCCUGGACUCUGAAAAACCCAAGAAGUUACGGUUCCAUCCAAAACAGUUGUACUUCUCCGCAAGGCAAGGAGAGCUGCAAAAAGUCCUGCUUAUGUUGGUGGAUGGAAUUGACCCUAAUUUUAAAAUGGAGCAUCAGAGUAAGAGAACCCCUCUCCAUGCUGCCGCUGAGUCUGGCCAUGUGGACAUCUGCCAUAUGCUGAUUCAGGCUGGUGCGAAUAUAGACAGCUGCUCUGAAGACCAGCGGACCCCACUGAUGGAAGCAGCUGAAAACAACCACCUGGAAACUGUGAAAUACCUUAUCAAGGCUGGAGCACUAGUAGAUCCUAAGGAUGCAGAGGGCUCCACGUGUCUGCACUUGGCUGCCAAGAAGGGGCACUACGAUGUUGUUCAGUACCUCCUGUCCAUAGGGAAGAUGGAUGUCAACUGCCAGGAUGACGGAGGCUGGACGCCGAUGAUCUGGGCCACAGAGUACAAGCACAUCGAGCUGGUGAAGCUACUGCUUGCAAAGGGGUCAGACAUCAACAUUCGAGAUAAUGAGGAAAAUAUUUGUUUGCACUGGGCUGCUUUUUCUGGCUGUGUUGACAUUGCAGAGAUUCUGCUGGCUGCUAAGUGUGAUUUACAUGCGGUGAAUAUUCAUGGAGAUUCCCCCCUGCACAUUGCAGCCAGAGAGAACCGCUACGAGUGUGUUGUUCUGUUUCUUUCCCGUGGCUCGGAUGUCACUUUAAAGAACAAGGAGGGUGAGACUCCACUCCAGUGCUCCAGCCUUAACUCUCAGGUCUGGGUGGCUCUACAGAUGAACAAAACACUCAGAGAAUCAUCGACUGAGAAGCCUGUCCAGAUAGAGAAGGUAGUGAGCAGAGACAUUGCCCGGGGCUAUGAGAGGAUCCCGAUUCCCUGCAUCAAUUCAGUGGACAGUGAGCCUUGUCCUAGCAAUUACAAGUAUGUCUCGCAGAACUGUGUCACCUCCCCUAUGGACAUUGAUAGAAACAUCACCCAUUUACAGUAUUGCGUAUGUAUAGACGACUGCUCCUCCAGUAACUGCAUGUGUGGCCAACUCAGUAUGCGCUGCUGGUAUGAUAAGGAUGGCCGACUCCUGCCUGAGUUCAACAUGGCUGAGCCCCCACUGAUCUUUGAGUGCAAUCACGCGUGCUCAUGCUGGCGGACCUGUAGGAACCGGGUGGUGCAGAAUGGGCUCAGGACUCGAUUGCAGCUCUAUCGGACGCAAAAGAUGGGCUGGGGUGUGCGAACGAUGCAAGACAUUCCACUGGGAACCUUUGUGUGCGAGUAUGUUGGCGAGCUGAUAUCCGACUCCGAAGCAGAUGUCCGUGAAGAGGAUUCCUACCUCUUCGACCUUGACAACAAGGAUGGAGAGGUGUACUGCAUAGAUGCCCGUUUCUAUGGCAACAUCAGCCGCUUUAUAAACCACCUCUGUGAGCCAAACCUCAUUCCCGUGCGAGUCUUCAUGUCUCACCAGGACCUCCGCUUCCCCAGGAUCGCCUUCUUCAGCACGAGGCACAUAGAGGCCGGAGAAGAAAUCGGCUUCGACUACGGUGACAGGUUCUGGGACAUAAAAGGCAAGUUCUUCAGCUGUCAGUGCGGUUCACCCAAGUGCAAACACUCGAGCUCAGCGCUGGCCCAGAGGCAGGCGAGCACCUCGUCCCAGGACACGCAGGAAAACGGGCUCCCCGACACCAGCUCUGCCACAGCAGCCGGCCCCUUUUGAGGCUCCGCUUCCCAGAGACUGACUCGUUUUAACCCUAUAGAUUCACUUACUGUCCGAAUUUUCCAUUUAAAGAGAGGAAACCCGCUCAAGGAAAGCCAGGGGUUCGUGACACUUAGGGCUGUGCCACCGACUGUUACUUGAGGAAUAAGUGAAAGCAAAUCCCACCUCUGUGGUGUUGUUCUCCCCUCCUGGUCCUGGAAGGCUGCUGGUUCUUACCGUGCCGAGGGGUGGCUGUUGCAUUUUUUUUUCCAUGCGAACUGUCCUGGCCUCCGUCUCUUAAUGUUCAAAGUGUUGUCAGAGCCCAGGGAGAGCCGCCCGUCCUCUGAACGUUGUUAAUUGAAUGGAUCGCUCAUGCCAAGUCAUCUCCAGUUCACUUGUAAUAAACUUUGAGUACUUGA